AUGUCACCACCAGCAUCAGCAACUACUUCCGUGUCCGCGCAGGUGUACACCGAGCUCGACUCCGACGGCCACCCCUCACACCGUCUACUCUGCAAACCCACCCCAACCUCCAAAACCGAGCAAUGUCCUCCUCACGACUCCCUCUCCCUCCUCGCCCACAAAGACACGCAAUUCAGCGAGAUCUGCCUGGAAGACAUGUCCAUCGACACCAUCCAACUCGACACCUUCCUCCGCAGCCAAAGUAAACAACUCAAGAAACUCGGAAUGAUCAACACACACAUGCACUUCCUCUAUACACCAAACAACAUCUGCGAGCCCUAUGCCUUGUUGACCGCACUCGCCUCCAUGCUCGCCCACACCCUCGAAGUCCAGAGCUUGGAGAUCAGAAACUUGGUCGUGCACUACAACGACUCCAUCUCCACCAGCGUCACUUUUACUUCGACCUGGGACGGAGUGACUGCAAUCCGCGCCGGGUUCGCCGGACUGGUGGCAAAGAUCAAGCAACGUGGAAACGUGGGGUUGUUGGAGGGUCAAGAAGUGAUCAAGAAGCCUCAGUCUAGCUUCAUCGAGACGGAAAGGUGGGAGGAUGAAUAUGGAUUCGCUUCUGAUGGAGAGGAAAGUGAUGACGAUGUCUACGAAAACGAAGAUGGAGAGUGGGAAAUGUGA